AGGUAGAAACUCCGGUAGUCAACUCACUGGGAAGCUACUUCUCUGUUAAACACCAUUACUUUUCUUUUGGAGUGUUUUUGUAUCGAGUUUCCAUUCGCUCAGAGGAGCUGACUGGCAGUGAUGAGUUUUUUCGGUUUUGGACAAAGUGCGGACAUCGAUAUAGUGCUCAAUGAUGCCGAGACGAGGAAGAAAGCUGAGCAUAAAAGCGAGGACGGCAGGAAGGACAAAUAUUUCCUUUUCUACGACGGGGAAACUGUGUCGGGAAAGGUCAACGUGACACUCAAGUACCCUGGCAAGAGGCUGGAGCACAACGGAAUCAAGAUCGAGUUUGUUGGCCAGAUUGAGCUUUACUACGACAGAGGAAACCACCAUGAGUUUGUGUCUCUAGUGAAAGACUUGGCACGGCCCGGGGAGCUCACGCAGUCGCAGACCUUUGACUUUGAGUUCACGCAUGUGGAAAAGCCCUAUGAAGCUUACACUGGCCAGAAUGUCAAAUUACGCUAUUUUCUGAGGGCCACAGUAAGCCGCAGACUUAGCGACAUCACCAAAGAGGUGGACAUUGUAGUUCACACACUCAGCACUUACCCUGAUAUCAACUCCUCCAUCAAGAUGGAAGUAGGCAUCGAGGACUGCCUACACAUAGAGUUCGAGUACAAUAAAUCCAAAUAUCACCUUAAAGAUGUGAUUGUCGGCAAGAUUUACUUCUUACUGGUAAGGAUUAAAAUCAAGCAUAUGGAGAUUGACAUCAUUAAGCGGGAGACCACUGGCACGGGGCCCAACGUCUACCACGAGAACGAUACCAUUGCCAAGUAUGAAAUUAUGGACGGCGCACCAGUCAGAGGAGAAUCCAUCCCGAUCAGGCUGUUCCUAGCGGGCUAUGAGAUAACACCCACCAUGAGGGACAUAAACAAGAAGUUCUCAGUGCGCUACUACCUCAACCUGGUCCUCAUCGAUGAAGAGGAGAGGCGAUAUUUCAAACAGCAGGAAAUCACCCUGUGGAGGAAAAGCGACGUUGCCAGAAAGAGCAUGUCUCAUCAAGCCAUCCUCGCUUCUCAACGUUUCGAAAGCUCCUCCAACCCUGCGAAGAGUCAGGCCGGUGAAGGGGACGGCUAACGUUGUGAAUAUCAAUAUUUUUGCGUGUAUCGGAAGAGAAUGUGCUGUGCUUAUUUACUGUGCAAAGUGUGUGUCAAGGGAACAGCGCGAGUUUCUUUUGUACUUGCAAGUUAUUGUAUUUGUUAUUUUUGAACAGGUUUGAUGUCCCGGCUGGAUAGAGUUUAUGAAAUGGGGACAUAGUUUACUAUGAUAGCAAUUUUGUUUUUCAGAGAAAACAAACUAUACACCAAAACCAUGAAGUGGCACUUGUUUUGCAAAUCUCACCAUCUUGCACUUGAAUUUAAUUUUCAUUACAGUUGGUCUCGUAGCAUUCGCAUAGUAUUGAGAUCUACGGCAUUCUAUGUAAAUAUUACAAAUUACCAAAAGGAUCACAAGUAAUGCUAAUCAUGUGCGAUUUUAUGCUUUAGCGUGCUAGCGUAUGUUUCAAACAUGGCCUUAAAUUAAAGCCACUUCUGUAGUCAACUUUAAAUCUCACAAUAACUUGUUCGGGAACCGUUUUUAUUUGCGUUGAGUUAAAGAAGAAAUUAAAUGAACUAAAGGGAAAGACAACUAAUAUAAUUUUUUUUUUUUUUUAUGGUUGCAAAUCAUUAAUAGACUCGAGUAGAGGUGCAUGUAAACAUGGGUACUAAAUGAUCGCAUUUGAUUGGCUCAAUAAAUUAUCUGCCCCCAUGUUAAACAGCCGCUACUUGAAAAUACUGGUUUUUAUUGACAUUUUUCUCCACAACUGUCAAUCUAUUAAUUUAUUUAUCAAUCUAUUUAUGAAACUACACCAUUUCCGCUGUGAUGGACAUGAUGAAAAUGUUGUCUUUCCCUUUAAUUUUUUUUAUACAUUCCAUCAGAAACUGAUACAUUUUUUUAACAGCAUCGGAUAUCCUCAAUGCCUUACCAAGUUUUGUCACUUCCGUGAAGUUGGCCCCCCAUCAAACGCAAAUUUAUAUAAAAAUGAUGUCAAUCGUUUGUGCUUGUUUGUGCUGUAAAAAGUUUGGUUUUGCUGCUAUCAUUUUUAAGAUAUUUACAAUUCUUUUAUAGGUCAAUCUGAGGUCAACCAGCCCCCCUAUUUUUAUUAAAAUUGGCUAAAAAAAAUGGUGUCAAUCGUUAUUGCUUAAUUUGUGCUGUAAAAUUUUCGUUUGAGCUGCUAUCGUUUUUGAGAUAUUAAUUUUGAUGACGUUAAUUGCAGCCCCUCUGUCACGGCUGAUGGACAAAGGUUGGUAGAGUAGCCAAAAAUUGUAGUGUUACUUCAAAAUAAUAUUACUCUAGUAAAAGUAAAAGUAGCCAUCUAAAAAAUGUGCUCAAAUACAAGUAAAAAAAAAAGAUUUGGUGAAAAGAAUACUCAAGUAAUGAGUAACUUUGUGAGUACCUGCUUUCAAAUUAUUAUUAUUUUUUUUCCUCAGCAGUUAUAUAUAUGAACUCUUGUUACAAUACUUAAAAUAACCCAUUACAUAACCACAUUAAGCCAAAGAAAUAAAAAUAAAAUCAUUCCGGCGGGGGAAAAAAAUGAACUGAAGCAUUAUUCGUCCAAACAGCAUGAGUGCCCUCUAGUGGCGAAAGUAGUUCUUAGUUUGAAUAGUAAAUAGUUCCUUCAUAGUUACUAUCAUGAAAUUAAAAAGGUUCAUCUCUCCAGUUUUCCGUGGUCAAUCUGUGCCAAAUAAAGACCGGGAGAGUGAAAAAUUAAAUUCUGCGCUUUCAAGUUAUGUUGAGGGUUGCGCUCUAUGUCAAAAACUUCCUUUUUUACGGUGCUUUAAAGACGCCACUUGGUUGAACAGGCUGCCGUGAUUACAGAAGGGCAAGCUUGUGUCUGAUUGGUAUAAUGGAGUCAUGUGUUUAUUGUUGCGAUGUCUCAUUAGUGAAAUUGGUUAAGCGACGUUUGCCAUGUCUAGCAAAAAAAAAAAAAAAAAAUCUAAUAUGAAGAAUGAAGAGGAAAAAUGUAACGACUCUUGUGUAGCCCAAAGUAGCGCAGUAAGAGUAGCGUUUUUUUCUUCACAAA